AUGUCAUGCUCGAUGACCUCGAGCGGAACAGACAUCGUAUACACCCUUACUAUUAAUAUCGAGAACUCCAAGGCGGCGAAUAUCCUUAAUAACAAUGCCUAUAAUAUCUGUGUGAGCUAUCCCGAAAAUGACGGAGAAUUCAAUCUAACGACGAUAGAAGGAAAACCACCGAACUUCGACUCUUCAAGACCGGUCAAGAUGACCUUUGCCGGAAAGGAUGCAGCUGCCGUCGAAUGCUCAAUUGGUUAUACAAAAGAGUUCAAUCCAAAUUCGGUGCAUUCGGUGCCCCUUCAGAGGAAGGAAUUGAAGCUUGGACAAGUCUACCGCCUCGAUAGCUGCGGGGUUGCCACAAUUGAAGACGCAAGUUGGGUACCUUCCGAUGCUCUGGGAUUCGAGAACUUGAUUGGAGUUUCGCCUAUAAUUCUCCGAAGCACAGCAGACGAUCCUGGACCUACACCCACACACUACCGGACACUUCCAGUAUGGGUCCCUGGUAGAGGCCUAAUGGUACCUCCAACUCCCUCAGUGGUAAUCAAAGUUUGGUUGAAAAGUAACUCAUUUGCCGAAGAUGAAGACGAUAUGGAAACUCGUGACGUUUCCGAGCCAUUUUGUGUGAAAUUCAGAAAAGGCAAGCCCACUGCGAUCCUUCUUUUCAAAGAGAAUGGCACCUUCAGUCUCAACCCUCUCAGGGUCAAUGCCUAG